UUUAGAGUGUUGAAGGAAAAAUGGAAUGGAAAUAUCGAUGAUUUAAUUUCAGAGAAGAUUUGUUUAGUGAUCGGUGAUAUCACAAACUCAAAUCUAGGGUUGAAAGAUUCAUAUUUGUUGAAAGAGAUGAAGAAUCAAAUACAAAUUAUUGUUAAUUUAGCUGCAACUACAAAAUUCGAUGAAAGAUAUGAUGUAGCUUUUGGAACCAACACAUUGGGAGCUAAACAUGUACUAAACUUUGCAAAACAAUGUUCUAGUUUGGAAGUUGUGGUUCAUGUAUCCACUGCUUAUGUUUCAGGGGAAAAGGAAGGCAUUAUACAAGAAAUCCCAUAUCAAAUGGGUGAAUCUCUUAAUGGCACUAUUGGACUCAAUAUUGAGGAAGAACAAAAGCUUGUGGAAGAGACACUAAACAAACUCACAAGCAAAGGAGCUACUCAAGAAACUAUAACCCUAACCAUGAAACAACUAGGCCUCCAAAGGGCUAAGUUGUACGGAUGGCCAAAUACAUACGUAUUUACAAAGGCAAUGGGAGAGAUGAUUAUUAGUGAGUUAAAAGAUAAUAUACCAAUGGUUAUCAUACGACCCACCAUUGUAACAAGUACUUACAAACAACCUUUUCCAGGUUGGAUUGAAGGGAUGAGGACGAUCGACAGUGUCAUUGUUGGUUAUGGUAAAGGAAAACUAACAUUCCUUCCUAUUGAUAUCCAUUCAAUCUUCGAUUUGAUUCCAGCAGAUAUGGUAGUAAAUACAAUAAUCAUGACAAUAACGAUUCACGCACGUGAAGGAAAGCCAUGUCAUGUGAUCUAUCACGUUGGUUCUUCUAGGAGAAAUUGUAUGAAAUAUGGGGAUUUAAAGCACUUUAUGGAAGAGUACUUUGUUGAGAAGCCAUGGAGAAGUAGAGAUGGAAAAGCCAUUAAAGUUGGGAAACCCAAAACCUUCAACAACAUGGUUAGCUUUCGUAGAUAUAUGGUCAUUCGCUAUUCCUUACUUUUGAAGGGAAUGAAAGUGGGCAAUACCAUGCUAUGCCACUGGUUUCAAGAAAAAUAUGAUCGACAUAAGAAAAAAUACGACUUGGUGAUGCGUCUAGUCCAACUUUAUCAACCAUAUCUCUUCUUCAAAGCCACUUUUGAUGAUACAAAUACAGAAAGACUGAGAAGUACAACAAGAAAUUCAGACCUUGAAGAAACAUUUUACUUUGAUCCUACAGUUAUCAAUUGGAAAGACUACUUUUUCAACAUCCACAUUCCUGGCUUGGCUAAGUAUGCCAUCAAAUAAUUUGAAUCCCCAAACUCAGAACCUCAUAUAUGAACAACACAUAAAUUACUACAAGAUACCAACUUAUACCUUAAACUUUUGAGUUAUCCAUCUU